UGAGAAAGUAAUACAACGUUGGAGUUUCUGCAUGUGGAGCUUGGUCCCACAAUGGCAACCCGAGGCGACCCCAGCGGCCCCGCCUGUCUCAGGCUUCCCCACAACCCCAAAAAAUUCGGGGAGGAAGGGGGUAAUCCCACCUCCGACGAACCAAGAUCGUCAUGCGGGAUCGCUACCAGAGGCUGUCUAUCUACCAUUGCCAUCUACCGCUGGCAGAAAGGUAAUUACCGCCCGUUUGGGGUGGAUUUUCAAUAAAUAUGCGGUGCCUCCCCUCCCCUCGGUUUCGUCUUCACGCAGGUACACACAGAGACCGGGGAAGCAGGCAUCAUGGGCUCUACUUAUCUCUUCACCCUCAAGGACGAACCGAUUGAGAAUCUGCGGCCGCUGAAGGUGAGGGUUAUUGGGGCUGGGUACUCGGGGAUUUAUUUGGGGAUACGGAUACCGCAGCGUCUGAGGAAUGUUGACCUUCAGAUAUACGAGAAGAAUGAGGGUGUAGGUGGAGCGUGGUGGGAGAACAGAUAUCCAGGCUGUGCGUGCGAUAUCCCAGCUCAUAGCUACCAAUACUCCUUCGACCCGAACCCGCACUGGACCAACUUUUACGCGCCGUCCAAGGAGAUCCGGGAGUAUCUUGGAGGCAUUGCAGAGAAGUAUGGGGUGAACAGAUAUGUAAAGCUCUCGCACAAGGUUACGAGCUGCAUAUGGGAUGAUGCUGUCAAGAAAUGGAAACUGGUGGUGGAGAAUGUCAAGACGGGAGAGAUUAUCCAUGAUGAUGCUGAUGUGUUGGUCUCUGCCCGGGGGAAUCUGAAUGAUAAGGCGUGGCCCAAGAUACCUGGGUUCGAGACCUUCAAGGGGGAGGUGAUGCAUUCUGCACAAUGGAAUGAAAAAUAUGACUUUAAGAAUAAACAGGUCGGUGUUAUUGGAGGGGGGUCCAGCUCCAUCCAGAUUGUCCCAAAACUCCAGAAGAUCGAGGGAGUGAAGAUGAGUGUUUUCGUCCGAAGUAGGACUUGGAUAGCCAGUCCUUUUGGUGAUGCUUCCAUGUUAAAAUUGGGACUAGAGCCCAACAACACCGCAAUGUCCGAAGAACUCCGCAAAGAAUUCGUCGACAACCCGAAAAGAUUCCACGAGUUUCGAAAGAUCAUCGAAGUGGACGGAAACACCAUCCACGCAGGAAGCUUCAAAGACUCGCCCAUGCAACUGGCUGCUCAAGCUUUCUACCGAGGCGCCAUGCAGGAAAAGCUGGCAAAGAAGCCCGAGAUCAUGGAAGCUCUGGUUCCUUCUUUCGGGGUAGGAUGUCGGCGUCUGACACCCGGGCCUGGCUACCUGGAAGCGCUGGUGGAAGACAACGUCGAUUUCGUGCGAGACAAAAUCGAGGCCAUCACCCCUAGUGGGAUAACGAUCGAGAAUGGCAAGAAAAUAGACCUCGACGUCCUUGUCUGCGCCACGGGGUUCAACGUCUCCUCACCACCGCCCUUCUACGUUGAAGGCAAGAACGGCAUCUCUUUACAGCAGAAGUUCCUCCCGCACGCAGAAACCUACCUCGCAGUCGGCGUCGACGGCUUUCCUAACUUCUUCAUGAUUCUCGGGCCUAACUCCGCCAUCGGGAGCGGUUCAUUGACGAUGAUGAUCGAGAGCGAGGGCGACUAUAUCACCAAGUGCAUCCGCAAGCUGCAGAAAGAGGAUUACGUGACCAUGAUGCCGAAAUCCGAGCGCGUAAAAGACUUCUCCGAUUACUGCGUCGAGUAUUUCAAGAAGACGGUGUAUUUGGAUCAAUGCACGUCCUGGUAUCGCAGCGAAGGUGGGAAGGGGGAUCGGAUCAUUGGGCUGUGGCCUGGGAGUACGCUGCAUUGUAUUGAGGCGCUUAGAGCGCCGAGAUGGGAGGAUUUUGAUUUUGAGAGUAGAGCGGAGAAUAGACUCAGGUGGUUGGGGAACGGGUGGAGUGUGACGCAGAUUGGGGAGGGGGGUGAUCCGGCGUGGUAUUUGGAGCCGAGCAUGAUGAACGUGCCGAUGAAGGGGAAGCCGGAGGAAGAUGAGGAGUUUAAGAGGAGGCCGUUUUCUCAUUGAUGGGUUGAGUUGUUGUAUUCAGAUUUGUUUUGUGUAUUGGUUAUUUUGAUAUAAAUCCUGACUCGUGUCUCCCAUUGUCCUUAAUAUCAGUGAUC